CGGCUGUUAUCAUAUUAAAUGCUGAUAAAAAUGAUAAUAAAUUACUCUGAUAGCCACUCACCAUAUUAUUAUAGCAUGGCAAUGUGGAAUGUGGAUACUAUAUCUUGUACAUCUAAACUAAACAUUCUUUUAACCCCGAGUCCCCGAACCCGUGGCGUACUGGCGUCUCGGACGAUCGAGAAUCAAAAGUGAAACGAAAUACAUUUCAGUCAUUUCACGACUCACAUAAUCUAGUCGAAUUCAUGUGAGAAAAUGGACUACAAAGAAGAGCAACAGAACGAAAUCGAUGCAUUGGACUCCAUUUACUGUGGUGAAAUGAUAAUUUCGGGCUCAGAACCUUAUUAUCAAUUCGAAAUCCCAGUUAAAUCAGACGAGUUUGAUAGUGAUCAACAUGAUAUUGGUUUGUCGUGUUGCUUAAAAUUUGAGUAUGUUGAAAAAUAUCCUGAUGAUCCUCCCAUUGUGGAAAUUGAAGAUGUUGUCGGGUUUGAAGAACAAGAAAAUGAGCUUAAAGAGUAUUUAAUACAACAAGCUCAAGAUAAUGUUGGGAUGGUGAUGAUAUUUACUUUAGUAUCAGCAGCACAAGAAUGGUUGAAUAACUAUUCAGAUACUGAAAAACAAAGAAAAAUAGAUGAUGAUGAUAAAAGGCGUGAAAAAGAAAUGGAAGCUGAAUUGAAACGUUUUGAAGGCACCAAAGUUACAGUUGAAUCAUUUUUGCGGUGGAAGUUCAACUUUGAAGAAGAAUUGGGAGUUUUAAAGAAACGAAAUGAAGAGGAAAAAAAUAAAAAACUUACUGGACGUGAAUUAUUUAUGACUGAUAAAUCUCUUAAUGAAUCAGAUUUAAAAUUCUUAGAAGAAGGAGAUUCGGUGAAAGUUGAUGAAUCAUUAUUUGAAGAAAUAGAUGAUCUAGAUAUUGGUGAUGCAGGAAGUUCUGAUGAAAGUUGAACAUUGUUUAGGAAUAUAUGUAUAAAAUUCAGAUUGUAAAUAUAAAAUAUAUUUUUUUUUUUAAUAUAAUAAAAUGUU